UCCGUCCUCCAUGCACCAUAUAUCUACCACCCCCACACCCCGGCCAGUUCACACAACAACCAACAAUGGCAAACCUAACGGUUCUCUCGCUAGCAUUGGCCUCCCUUGUAGCUUUCACUACCGCCCACACGACCAUCGUCACCACCAUCAUCGAAGACGAGAACCCAAUCUCAGAACAAAGGCAGUGUAGCCAACAGUUACAGGGACAAAGGUUGAACGAGUGUGACAUGUAUUUCAUGAAGGGCAUGACUAUUGACGAAGGAUACUCCAUUCCGAUGAGGCGGCCAGAGGAAGUUAUCCAGCAGGCCUGCUGCAAAGAGCUCCAAAACAUGGACGAGAAGUGCCAAUGCGAGGCGGUAAAGCAGCUGUACCAAGAAGCCUUGCAGAUGGUGAAACAACAACAAUCGGUACCCAUCUUUGGCUCUCAACGACAGAAGAUCCAAAAGUUGAAGCAGAGGGCUCAGAUUCUCCCUAACGUAUGCAACUUUCAAUCAAAACGAUGCAAGAUUGGAACCAUCACCACCACCAUCACUGAGAGCAACAUGGAAAGGGAGUUUAGUUAUAAUAAUAAGGAGCACAUAAGAUAAUUCAUUUGUAAUCGU